UUAAUUUUAAUUUAUACUUUCUUUCAAGUUCUGUGCUCAUCUUUUUUCUGCGAAAACAUGCCGCGUUGCCUGAUCAAAUCGAUGAGAAGGUACAGAAAAACCAACAAUUCUUCCGAAGAGCCCGAGGUACCAUGGAUUCCACCGUCUCACGAUGCGAAGCGAAAGCACCAGGUCAAAGACAAUUCGUCGAAAUGCAACAACAUGUGGACGUCCUCGAAACUUCCCAUAGUAACGCGUUACAGCUUUAACAAAGGGAACACCAUGAUGUGGAAUAAAGAAUUGACCAGCAGCGUAGAGUUAGGCGUCCCGAAUAAAUCAGAAAUCGAAAAUUCUGGCAAUAUCUUGAUGAAUACCAAUCAAAUAAUCGUAAACAAUGAUGAAAAACCAGAGAAAAUGCAAAUAUCGUUGGCAGCCAAUGCGAAACAGAUUGACGAUACCAUAAACGCGAGCAACAAUGAAAUCAAAGUAGCCGUGAAUUUGAAUAGAACGUACAACGGAAUUGAAACUCAAGCGAUAUCGCAAGCUUUGUAUUUGACUCCUAACAAGAAACCGAUCGACGUUUCUCAGAGUCAAUAUUUCAGCAAUAUUAAAACAUCUGGAGUGGAGAACACGCAGAAUUGGAAACGAAAUAAAACAAUGCAUUAUUGUCCUUAUUGUCGCAAAAGUUUCGAUCGACCUUGGGUCCUCAAGGGUCAUUUGCGUCUCCAUACCGGCGAACGACCUUUCGAAUGUCCAGUCUGUCAUAAAUCCUUUGCAGAUCGAUCGAAUUUGCGUGCUCAUCAAAGGACACGAAAUCAUCAUCAAUGGCAAUGGCGAUGCGGAGAAUGUUUCAAAGCGUUCUCUCAAAGGCGAUAUUUAGAACGACAUUGUCCCGAAGCUUGUAGGAAAUAUAGAAUAUCUCAAAGGAGGGAACAAACUUGUACUUAGAAGACGAAUUUUUCUUUCCUUAAUAUAUACAUACAUAUUUUAUUUAUCUACUCGAGCAUGCAGUAUAUGUAUUUUAUUUACCUGUACCGUAAAAUUUGAAUUCAGUGUCGUUGUGUUAUCAUUUUAAUAUAGUUACAUGCAUGUACGACAUCGUAACAAUUUUGUAUUCUUAUUAUAGUCAUCCUAUAUAACAUAUUUUAUCAAUAGAACCAUUAAAUCAAUAUUCCCAUUCUUAAUAAGGGAAUAAAUCCAGUCACUGUCGAGGAACAAAGCAUGUAAAUGAUGUAAAUCGUGGAAAAAAACGAAGACACCAAGAUAAAAUUUCGGUCGUUGUUCGAUUUUCAUGAAAUCCUAUGCGUACGCUUCUUUACCAUUCGUGAGAACUCUUUUCUAUCAUAUUUCAAGUUACAUUUAGUAUAACAGAUAACACUUUCAUAAAGU